CAUGGCUUGUGGGUAACGUCUGCAUUGCCCCUCCAUGAAGCCUUACGGGGAAGCUGGGUGACAUCCCGUGGUAGCUGCAGAUGGAAAGCCUCCACUCCUGAUUUGCUCAAUGCAGGAGCCGGCCAGGAGAGCUUUUCCUGAGGUGUUUUUAUGUGCUGGCUGUGUUAGAUCAGAUGUGAUUUAUGUCAGUGCAAUACAGGAAUGAGAUCCAUUUGGAAAGAAAAUAAUUGUGCAAGGCCAGCUUUGAGCACUCGCCCAGCUUUCCUGGCUUUGAGUUCCCUUCCCUGGCGCACGGAGGGCUGGCCCUGCUCCCAGCUGCUGUGCACCACUUCUGCAGCCUUGCACAAGGUGUGUAUUGUGCAGAAGAGAGACACCGAGAAGAUGUACGCCAUGAAGUACAUGAACAAGCAGCAGUGCAUCGAGAGGGACGAGGUCCGCAACGUGUUCCGGGAGCUGGAGAUCCUGCAGGAGAUUGAGCACGUGUUCCUGGUGAACCUCUGGUACUCCUUCCAGGACGAGGAGGACAUGUUCAUGGUGGUGGACCUGCUGCUCGGCGGGGACCUGCGCUACCACCUGCAGCAGAACGUGCAGUUCACGGAGGAGACGGUCAGGCUGUACCUCUGUGAGAUGGCCCUGGCACUGGACUACCUGCGCAGCCAGCACAUCAUUCACAGAGACGUAAAACCAGACAACAUUCUCCUGGAUGAGCAAGGUCACGCACACUUAACAGAUUUUAAUAUUGCAACAAUAAUUAGGGACGGUGAAAGAGCAACUGCGCUAGCUGGAACAAAGCCAUACAUGGCUCCGGAGAUUUUCCAUUCCUUCCUGAGCGGCGGCACGGGUUACUCCUUCGAGGUGGAUUGGUGGUCGCUGGGAAUCAUGGCUUACGAACUCCUCCGUGGCUGGAGGCCGUAUGACAUCCACUCCAACAACCCGGUGGAGUCCCUGGUGCAGCUGUUCAGCACCGUCAGCGUUCAGUACUCAUCCACGUGGUCAAAGGAGAUGGUUGCUCUGCUACGAAAGCUGCUGACGGUGAACCCCGAGCACCGCUUCUCCUGCCUGGCUGACAUCCAGACGUCAGCAUAUCUGUCUGCCGUGCCCUGGGGCGAUGUCUGCCAGAAGCGCCUGGAGCCGGGCUUCGUCCCCAACAAGGGCCGCCUGCACUGCGACCCCACCUUCGAGCUGGAGGAGAUGAUCCUGGAGUCCCGGCCUCUGCACAAGAAGAAGAAGAGGCUGGCGAAGAACAAAUCGCGGGACAACAGCAAGGACAGCUCGCAGUCCGAAAAUGACUAUCUCCAAGAAUGCCUUGAAGCUAUCCAGCAAGAUUUUGUCAUCUUUAACAGAGAGAAGCUGAAGAAGAGCCAGGAGCAGACGAGCGAGUCCGUGUCUGCCCCUGAGACCACCGCUGAGGCCGAGACAGAGGCUGAGGCCGAGACCUCCAACCUGACCAUGUGCAGCUCCGUGUGCUCCUCGGCGGGCAGCAGCUAAGCUGAGGCCGCCCUGCUGCCGCACACUCCCGCCUGCCCUGGGUUGCACUGAGUGCCACCGGCAGCGCCCGCAGCACCCGGCACAGCAGCUCGUCCCACAGCGUUGUAGCAAAACAGUUGUCGCAGAGCUGAGCUCUGGAUUUACACAGGCACCAGUUCCACACACUGAGGUGCUGCCGUGGGUAAGGAUACUCGCUAUGCAACUUGUCGGAGGAAGGAGACCUAUUUCAUUACUUGUGCUUUUUUAAUGUCAGAUUGCCGAUCUGGUUUUAAUACAAUGCGAUGGCAGCAUGGGAAGUUACAUCUCCGACAUGGGAAGCCAGCAGGAGGAAGGCUGCAUGGGUGGCUCACACUGUGUGAGGCACUGCUGCAAGCGAAGGCUGCGUGGGGCCGAGCGCUCCCACUGUGAGUUGGGGCUGCUUCUGCUGCAGCCACAGCUGGGAGCGGGGAUGGCCCUGCAGCUCAGGGAUGGCCCUGCAGCUCAGGGAUGGCCCUGCAGCUCAGGGAUGGCGUAGGCACACUGUUGUCCCCUCACCACUGCCAGUGUCUUUCCUGACUUGGGGUAAAUAACUUUUUUGCGCUCUUCUGGGGCUGGGGAAUGGUGAAAUACGUGAUCAAUAUGUAAAGUGUAUUUCAGAUACUUGCUUCCUUCACGUAGCUGCUGUGAGCGGCAGGAGCCGUGCGGCACAUGGGACCGUUUGGGCUCUGCGUGCCCGGGUUUGGGGGAUGCAUUUUGUCACAGGUUCAGGUUUCUUUGGAAGCCGUUCGUGACCUUCCAGUACUGCUUGGCCAUGGAAGGAGGGCAGUGUCUUAACUUACCCUUCCGUUUCCUUUAUUUUCAGUGUAAAGUAGAAGUGCUGUACAUAAUUUACCGAAACCUGUUUUUAUCUCCUCAGUGGGGGUUGCCUUUCUCCUGCUUUCAGAGGCCUUCACUCUGUCGGCUGCUCAAUCUGCUGCCUCGUGGCUUUUGGUUACUGUUGUUAAACAUGGGCUGUGGGUUCUGCCGCUACACGAAACCGUAGUGAUGCACAGAUUGAUCUCAGUGGCGUUCACCCUAAAGGUAGCGACACGUGUUUGCUGGCAGCUGCUGAGGAGGUGGCGGGGUUUGCGUCCCCGUUCUGUAUUCGUAACACAAAAAUGCAUAGAAGAGGUUUUAACAGAUGCAGACUCCUUUAGGACAAACGCUGCUGCGUUUUGAGUUUCUGCGGAUGAAACAGAACGGCUUCACCGUGUGCAGUUAUUUCAUAUGGAAGAUGACAGUAGACGUUUAUUUUCCACAGUUUUAUGUGGAGAUCAGUAAGUGACUGUUUGUGCAGAGCCACACGUUCAUGAAGGGGCAGCAGAGGCUCGAGGUGCACGGACAGACCUCAGCACCGGGCGUGCAGUGAUGGGUGGGGGUAGCUCUGCUCACAGCCCCGUGGGGCGGCCCAUCUGAGCACUGCCUGCAGCCCUGCUCGCACCGCUGUGCCCACACGCCUGCCUUUUCCACGGCGCUCCCCAGCCCUGUCCCACUGACCGUCCCUUUUCCCCCUGCACGUCACGCAGUGCCUGCAGUGGCCUCAGGCAGUGCCCAGCAGGGUGAGGUGGGAGGCACACACGUGGGGAGGACAGACUGCGGACUGUGUGUGUCUGCCCCGGUGCCUUCUGCUUCUGCUCCUUGCUCACGAGGACAGGUGACGUGGCAGACUUCGGGAGCACUGUGUGGUCAGGUCACUGUGAGUACAGCAUCACCCGGGUACUCGAUUCCGGCCGUGCGUGGAUGUGUGUUUUGCCCACUGCAGAGCACGUUCUAUUGCUGCCCAUUUAUGUAUGCACAGACGCAGGAGAUGGAACUGAAAGCAAAGAGUAAUUGUGAGAAGGAAGCACAGCAAUAGUGCGUCAGUCCCACGUUGUCAUGGCCGGGAGCGCAGCUGUGCUGGGCUGUGGGGCUGUGCUCAGCACAGGGGCUGUGAUGGCUGCACCGCCAAAGCCCUGAGCCCUUCUGUCCAUCCUCUCUGUGGCGCCUGGGGCGGUGCUGCUGUGAGCAGAGCUCACGGGGAAGCUCGAGGCGCUGCCGUGCCCAGACCCCAACGCAGAGCCUGCAGGAGUCGGUGCGGCGCUGCUUUACAUCUCCGCACUAACGUUCUGUAUAUACCUAUUUAAAUACGUGUAUCUUUUGUAUGACAGAUUUAUACAGGGAGUGCCGUUAUCCGCUGUGAGACGUCUCCAUCACCUAUGAAUUAUUCUCCUUGAAUUCUCGCCAUAAGAUUCUUUUCUUAUUGCUGUUGUAUUUGGGACUUUUGCAGAAUUGCAUAUUUUCAAGCGUUUCCAUUGAGUUCCACAGGCUUUGCUGGGAAUUUUGGGUAGAAAGCAAUGCCAGGUCAGGUCCGGAUGGGUCUUUUGCUGCCAAUUCUUCAUCACUCUGCACCUUGGCGAGAAGAGAAUAGGAGUAACAUGAAUGAGGUAACACGAACUCGAGGUUGGACAGUGCUGAAACCCUGAUGCCUUGGUAGGGAGUAUUUUUAAAGUAUCUCCAUGUAAACUGGAUAGGUAAAGUAUACCUCUGUAUUUUAUGUUGAGAUCUUUCUGUAAUUUAUUGCACAGCAAUACUGCCAUGUCACGGAGCGUUUUAGUUAGGACAACAAAUUUGUGUUUCUGCAGACACUGCAAGAAGCCAUUGCCUACGUGGAGUAAUAAAUGUGUAUUUUUAACAUUGCCAA